AUAUUAUUAAAAAAGCCUUAAUAAUAUCUUAAUUAUGUUAACUUAUACCUAUAAUCAUGAAUCUUCGAACAAUCACCAGGAAUUAUCCUUAGCUAAUCAACAAUUGAUUCUGUAAGCAUUAUCUAGUAUGCCAAUGCAAUUAUAAUAGAAGGAAAAAUCACUUUAAAUUGAGAAUACAAAAUUAAAAAGCGAAAAUAUAGAACUCUAAUCACAGCUCAAUAAGAUAGAGAAUAAAUAAUAGGAAUUAAUAAAUGAAAUUUAGGAUCUUAAAUAGUUGGUGAAAAGAGUUUACUAAGAAGGAGAGGUUUAGAUAUAGUAUUAGAAAUAAAAAAAUCAACAAUUAAAAUAUAAAAAUGAGAGUUUGACAAAGGCUUUAUUAAAUCUGUAAAAUAAUUUAGAAACCUUCGCAUAAUUGAAAAAUUUAUCCAGAUAUAUUGAUGACUUUGAGAUUUCUAGAAAUAGUGUAAUGGAAGACUCUUAUAUUUAAUGAUUAUUAUGUAAUAAUGAAUAUCGUUUUAUUCUACAUUCUA